CCGAUUCCACCCCUGCUCGCGGUCUCCCCCCAAAAUUUCCUUUCACUUUCGGUCUCUGGCUGUCACCCAGCUUAGCCCUUCCACACCCAGCUGGGGCAAGCCUAGUGCGUGAGGAGAAUGGGACUCCAGGUCCCCGAGGGGCGGGGCUGGGGUCCCCGUUCCUGMGGCUGAGGGAGCAUGGCAUGGGGAACCCCGUUGCCGGGUCCCUGACCUGAGGAGGGUUUCGGGGACCGGACGUCGGGGUUCUUGGAAGGGGAGAUGAGUUUUCAGUGUAACUGGGGCUCACGCAGGAAGCCUGGGGGAGUAGGAGGCGGAAACUUAGCCACAUCAAGGGCAGGAGGGAGGGGCGGGGAGGCGAAGGGGCGGGCGAGAAAGGGGCUGAGGGGUGCGUGUCCGAGACCAGCUCUUCUGUCCCUUCCAAGACCCGGCCACAGGCAUGAGGGGCUCUCGGCAGAGAUGAUAGUGCUGGCGCCAGCCUGGAGCCCAAUUUCCUCACUGCUGCUGCUGCUGCUGCUGAGCCCUGGCCUCCGGGGGACCCCCGACUGCUCCUUCAAGCACAGCCCCAUCACAUCCACUUUUGCAGCCACCAUCCGCAAGCUGUCUGACUACCUGCUUCACGAUUACCCAGUCACUGUGGCCUCCAACCUGCAGGACGAAGAACUCUGCAAGGCGCUGUGGCAGCUGGUACUGGCUCAGCGCUGGAUGGAGCAACUCAAAACUGUGGCCGGGUCUCAGAUGAAAAUCCUCCUGGAGGACGUCAACACUGAAAUACACUUUGUCACCUUAUGUGCCUUCCAGCCCCUCCCCAGCUGCCUUCGCUUCGUCCAGACCAACAUCUCCCACCUCCUGCAGGACACCCUCGAGCAGCUGGUGGCUCUGAAGCCCUGGAUCACCCGCCGGAAUUUCUCUCGGUGCCUGGAGCUGCAGUGCCAGCCCGACUCCUCCACCCUGCCGCCCCCAAGGAGUCCCCGGGCCCUGGGGGCAACAGCACUGCCAGCCCCUCAGUCCCACCUGCUGUUCCUGCUGCUGCUGCUGCCCGUGGCCCUCCCACCACUGGCCGCUCUCUUGUGCCUGCGCUGGAGAAGGGUGAAUGGCCGCCCUGCCCCUCAGGUGCCCCCUGCCUCCAGUCCCCAGGGUGUGCUGCUUGUGGAGUGCUGACCCGGCGGGGGCCUCGUCUUGGCCUGGGGCUCGACCUCUCUACAGAUUAACUCACUUCAUUGAGAAGUGCUAUUAUGAGCUCCACUUCAUACAGGCUGAAACCAAGGCAUAGAAAGGCAAGUUAAUUUGCCAGAAGGCACACAGCUUGUGAGUGACAACCAAGAUUUGAUCCCAGGCUGCCUGCCCCCACCCCACCCCCAGCACCUUGAGCAUGCUGGACAAAUACUGCACCUUGGAGCUUCACCCCAGCCCUCAGCCUGCCCUAAUCUAACACAAACCCUUCACUUGUCUACCUGGGUUCCCUUUCCUUACAAGAGUCUCUAAAAAUAGUGCUUUCCAUCAUAGGACUGUCACAAGGCUAAGUGAAGUGACACAAGGAAAGGCCCUCAGAGAAACACUGCCAAGUGGAAAUACAAUGAAGCCACAUGUGAUUUUCAAUUCCCUAGUCCUCAUGUCAAAAAAAAAAAAAAAAAAAAAAAG